AUGAAAAGCAUUAACCAGAAAUGCCCCCCAACUGAGUCCCGCACUGAUGAUGACAAUGGGAAUCUUUACCCAAGUUUUGAAACACCAAAUGCCAUAAAGGAUAAAAAAUUCACAUUGAAAUGCAAUGUUGGUUCUAGUUCAAGAUUUUGGUUUACUGGAAAUGGAACAAUUAUUGCUAAAUACUAUGGAAUAAAUAACGAAAAUUAUCCUAAAUAUUUUGGUAGCCGUCAAGAAACUAGUUGCCAAGAGAAAAUCUGCACAUUGAGUAUAACCAGCAUUAGUUUAGAUGAAGACAACAUGAGCAUUAUUUGCAGUACUGGUCUCCAUACAAGCAUGUUCAAUAUUACAGUAUUUGUUUUACCAAAAUCAGUCACAAUCAAGAGUAUUUCUAACACAGUUCCUGUGGAAAAUCAGAACAAAAGUUAUGAAUGCCUUAUUAAAGACACCAACCCUGAAUUUUCAGUCUUUUGGUUGAUUACUAAGAAUGAUGGAACUCAAAAAAAUGUUACAAAGUAUAUUUCAAACAAGUCAAGCAAAUCAGGAAAGCUGAGCACUUUAUCAUCAGAACUGACAUUAACCCUUAAUAAGUAUUUUAAGGAAUUACAGUGUGUUGCAUAUUUUCCGGGUAAAAGUGAAUUUGAUAACCAUUCAAAGGAACUCGAUUUGGAUAUAAAAUAUUCUCCAGAAGACAGUAUGAUACUAGAUGUUUCUGGAGGAAAAGUAUGUGUUGAUACUCCAACCAAAUUCCACUGCAGUUGGAAAGGUGGUAAUCCACCAGCAAGUGUAACCCUGAAGUAUGAAAAAUACUCAAAUACUAGUAAAGAAGAAGUUGAAAUUAAUGUAAUACCUUCCAAAUCUCAUCAAACAGUCAAGUGUCUGGGCAUUCAUAUUGCUGCAAAUGUGUCUCGUGAAAAGAAUUUAACUAUUCAUUAUCCACCUGAUAUGGUAGAAAUCAAGGCUGAUGAACCCUUUCUUGAAGGUGACAAAGGCAUUUUGCAUUGUAAGGCAAGAAAUGGAUAUCCAGAAAAGUACAGCUACAGGUGGGAUCCAAGUAAGAAGACCUCACAAAAUUUAACAUUUCCUCAACUCAAUCGAACACACAAUAAUGAGGAUUACACUUGUUAUGUUUCUAACAAGUGCAGUAAAAGAGAAUUACAUAAAACACAUUGGAUCAAUGUAGAAUAUCCACCUGAUAUUACUGCACCAGAUAAUGUGACAUUAUUGAGAAUCAAGCAUCCAUUAUAG